GCAGCCACACUACUCCCGUGUGCCCCAGUGUCCUGGCUCCCAGGAAUCCCCCGGAGACAACGGAGACAGCGGCAGCAUGGGCGGGCGGCCCUCAAGUCUCCUGAAUAAGCAGCAGCAGCAGUGCCUGAAGGGUCAAGUGGACACCUUGCUGGGGAACUUUCUGCCUCGCUACCGUGGGCAACUGGCAGCCUCCAUCCUGUGGCACAUCUCGCAAGAGCAGGGUCCCCAGGAGCCAGCUGGAUGCCAGCUGCUGGGCAGCAAAAAGCUGCCCCGAGUUCGUGAACACCGAGGAUCCCUGAUCCAGCUUCAGGGUAAUCCACCCCGGUGGCAGCCGAUCUUCUGCGUUCUGCGUGGGGACGGCCGCCUUGAGUGGUUCAGCCACGAGGAGGAAUAUGAAAGUGGGAGUCAUCCCCUUGGCUCCGUAGCCCUAACAGGGUACACUCUCCUGACUUCCCAGCGUGAAUAUCUCCGCCUUUUGGAUGCUUUCUGCCCAGGUUCCUCUGGGGACCAUACACAGGAAAAUUCUGACUUUCUCUUGGAAGCGCCCGUGAACUUCCCUCUGUUCCUGCAUCACCCCUUUCGUCAUCACCUCUGCUUCUCUGCAACCACUAGGGAGGCACAGCGUGCCUGGAGGCUAGCCCUGCAGGGUGGCAUUCGGCUUCGGGGCACAGUCCUGCAGCGAAGCCAAGCCCCUGCUGCCCGGGCCUUCCUGGACGCCGUCCGACUCCACCGGCAGCAUCAAGGCCACUUUGGCUACGACGACACGACCCUGGGCUCGGACGCUGAGGUGUUAACCGCGGUGCUGAUGCGGGAGCUGCUGCCGGAGCUGCGAGCCCAGACCCUGCCAGGCCGGCGGGGAGCCGGCCGCGCCCGUGCCUGGGCCUGGACCGAGCUUCUGGACGCCGUCCACUCGGUUGUCCUGGCCAGGGUGUCUGCGGGGCUCCGCGCCUUCCAGCCUGAAAAGGACGAACUGCUCGAGUCCCUAGAAAGGACUAUCCGCCCAGACGUGGACCACAUUCUGCAGCUGAGAGCUCGCGUGGCAGGACAGCUGCGAACGGAUGUCCAGGGCCUGCUCGAGUCGUGCCUUCGCCGAAAGGUGGACACGCAGCUGCCCCAAGUCACACGGACGCUGCUGAGCACCGUGGAAGCCGUGCUUGAACUGGUCCGGAGCCUCCUAACCCAGGGCAUGGACUGCCUGUGUAGCCAUUUGCGCCAGAACCCCUCGGGUGCGCGACUGCGCAGGGAGGUUUACUCAUUCGGGGAGAUGCCAUGGGACCCAGAGCUGAUGCAGACAUGCUACCGAGAGGCUGAGCGGAGGCAGGAGCACUUGGGGCAGCUGGUGGCACCAUUCGGCUUUCUGGGGAUACGGAGCUUAGUGUUUGGGACCCAGGAUCUCUCACAGCAGCUCAUGGCUGAUGCCGUGGCCACCUUCCUGCAACUGGCUGACCAGUGUCUGACCACAGCCCUGGACUGUGACCAGGCUGCCCAGCAGCUGGAGAAAGUCAGGGGGCGUGUGCUAAAGAAGUUCGAGUCAGACAGCAGGUCGGCGCAGAGGAAGUUCAUUCGGGGCUGGGUGUUGUGCAUUUUCUUGCCUUUUGUGCUGAGUCAGCUUGAGCCAAGCUGCAAAAAGGAGCUGCCUGAGUUUGAGGGGGAUGUCCUUGCUGUGGGCAGCCAGGCCCUGACCACUGAGGGCAUCUAUGAGGAUAUCAUCCAGAGGGUUUUGCUGCAGAGAAUCAAUCAAGAAUUGAAAAAGGCCCUUGGUGCCAGUGAUGUAUCCUGCACUCUGGCUGGCUAUGCUGAGGCCCCAUGGGAGAAGGAGCAAGGGGAAGCAGCCAAGGGGACACAGACCAGGAUGAAUUGCUGGGAGAAGGACUGGGGACUUGGGAGUCUGUGCAGAGUAUAUGUGAUUGUCAUGAGUGAGGGUUUGUGGAUGAAACAGCAAGCUAUUUGUCUGCUGACCCAGCUAGAAUGGCCAAGAUCAUGGUGAACAAGGGUGAUGGGAAGCUACCGAAUGUGUCUGAGCCACAGAAAGACUGUAAAUCCAGGCUGUGACAUGCACAUGGGCUCAGCUCUCAGGAGCUGAAAUUGGGAUGAAUUUUUGUCUCAUCUCUAACACCAGGUUUCAAUGCCUGCCAGCAGCUACUAUUUCUUGUUUCAACCUGGAAAGGCAGAUUAUAGUGAUGGGGGCCUUAGAUCCACCACCAGCAAGGGUUCUGAAAGAUGGGUAUAAUUUUGGGGUAGUUUGAUACACAGCAAUAGCUAAUACACUCCCUGGCUGAUCUGCGGCAGCAACCUAUGGUCAAUCCCUACGGAUAAACUUGUCAAUAUUAACAUUAACUUGAAUAAAUGGUUAAACAGUUUUAGAAAGACUUCUGGGUAUCAGAAUAUUUAGACAUUUGCAACUGGGGACGAGGGAUUGUGCAUGGGCUUCUGAAUCUAUUUAAUUAGAACCUAACAAAUGGGUGUUUGGUUUCUUGUCUUCUAUACUGACAGUUAAUGCCACAAGAAACAACAUUGUACAAACUUUUCUUGCAAGUGCAGGUUUGCAUGGGUAAAUACCAAACUGGGAAAUCUCAGGAUUUAAAGUAU